AUGAGCCAAAAGGGGCCAUCGAACUGUGGGAGUACCAUAACGAGACGAAUGAUGGCUCGGAAAAGUACGAUUGGAGAGGUGUUGGAUCGAUCGACACUCGAUUACCACAAUAUACAGAUUGUUGAGUUUUUGCAGAAAGUGAUGCAAAUGUUGGAUGAACCUGACAAAAUAUCGAAACUUUGUCAAGAAGUCGGACAGAAACAUGCCAAAUACAGAAGAAGUAAAGGAAUGAAGAUCGAUUACUGGGACAAACUGGGCGAGGCGAUAACCGAGACGAUUCGAGAGUAUCAGGGAUGGAAAAUUCAUCGAGAAAGCCUUCGCGCCGCCACAGUUCUCGUCUCGUACGUCGUCGAUCAGUUGAGAUUUGCUUCCAGCCGUGAUUUUUGA